AUGUUUUCUGAAGGGUUCCUUUCGAGUGAUGACGACAUAGCACCUGGGAACUAUGGUCUUUUAGACCAGAUACAAGCCAUGAAGUGGGUCAAACACAACAUCCAGGUCUUUGGUGGAGAUCCUGACAGGGUCACCAUAUUUGGAGAAUCUGCAGGAGGUGGAAGUGUGGGACUUCAUCUGUUUUCCAAUCUCUCCAGAGGUUUAUUCAAGAAUGCUAUUCCUCAGAGUGGAAUCUCUACAUCUCCCUGGGCGAUAUAUCGGCCCCCGUACACGACUAGAGACGCUAUAGUAGCCAAAGCCAUCCAACUGAAUUGUAGCACAGCGUCCUCUUCUGAGAUGAUUGCCUGUCUCCGAACUAUGUCUCCCAGGGAAUUAGUUGAGAAAAAACCAUUGGGUCCCCCGAUGAUCUCUGUCUGGGCCCCACGAGUAGAUGGUCACGUGAUAGCUGCAACACCAGAGGAGAUGAUGCAACAAGGGAGUUUUUUCCCCGUUCCCAUGAUGACUGGCACAACACGAAAUGAAGACGCUGGCGCUGCAAGUGGUAUACCCAACGUGGAGAAAGGAUUUAACAAAAGUUACUAUGACAGCCUCGUGUAUGGAUGGAGUAGACGAUUUGGUAACUAUAGCAACGUUGUGGAGAACGCCAUCAAAUGUGAAUAUCCUCCUUCAGACGACCCGACCAAAAACAGAGAAUCGUUUAUUGCCUUUAAGAGUCACUACGGGUACACGUCACCUCAUCAGAUAUAUGCCAAAGUACAUACAGAUAAGCAGCCCAAUGUUUGGAUGUAUCUCUUUGACUAUGUUGGGAAAAACGACCCCGAACCGAAAUGGAAAGGGGCGUAUCAUGGAAUAGAGAUGAUGUACAUGUUUGGGGCACCUUUUUGGGAGUCGAUCCCAUGCCCUUACACAGAAGACAGGUGCCUGAGCAACUGGGGAAAAAAACAAGAAUGGAACGACGAGGACCGUAGAAUAAGUCUACUGACCAUGCGAUUCUGGUCUAAUAUGGCAAAAUAUAGUGACCCAAGGGAUGGUGACACAAAAUGGGAUCGAUUUGAUAAAACGAAGGAAAGAUAUCUUGAAAUUACCAGUAAGAUGUCAAUUAAAGAACAUUACCUUCCUGAGAAGAUGAAGUUUUGGAAAGAUACGAUGCCAAAGAUGCUGAGGGGUGAAAUGAAAGUACAUCCUCGGUGCGCAGCUGCAUCAGAUACAAAUACAUUAAUUGUCUCAAGCUUUUUGUUUCCUCUGAGUAUACUUGUAAUCUGUCAGACUACUGUAGAAAUGGGAAUAUUCACGUUUUUUUAAUUUCCCUAUUACCGCCGAACAUAAUUUUCAGUGAAACAUUAUGGCUACAUUCAUUGAAAUACUAGCUAUUUUAAAACUGAUCAUUUUGGUGAAUCAGGAACAUGUGAAAUUUAUGCAACAUAACGUUUGAUUACGGAAUCGCAUUUGAGAGUUGGUCUCUAACAAUGACCAUCUAGAGAUAUAGAAUAAUAUUUAAUUUGUGUAUUAAAAAUGAUACCCUGCGCGCAGAGUCUAGUUAUAAACUAAGAAGAAGCUCUCGUUUAAGAAGUGAAAUCGAACGAGUGCAAAGGGUAUAAAAAUGAC